AUGCGGACAAGUUCACUACGAAUAGCAUCCUCUGGAUCGAAAGCUCUCCGACUUCAAUGUGUUGUUGCUCGACAAAGCGAACUCGCACCCUCCAGACGGCUAACCACCAGUGCCCAGCGGGCAGCAACAGCAUUACCCAUUACCGCCACAGGACCACCUCCCAGCGCACCGGUAGCGACAUCAUCACAAUAUGGCGACCGAGUAGGCGAACGACGGCGGAAAGCCGAACUCCUCAAGCAAGGCAAAGAACUACGUGCGGAGCAACAAUCAUCCGGCAAGAGAACGAGUCCACUCAAGAAAAGAUUCUGGAAAGAUGUGCACGUGAAAGAAGUGCCGGAGGGAUACCAAGUACAUUUGGAUUCGAGACCGGUGCGGACACCCGCGAAAACCAUCUUGACGGUGCCACGGUCAAAGCCGCAUCUUGCACAUGCGAUCGCAAUCGAAUGGGACAUGUUGGAGUCGGCGCAGCAAGCGCUGAAGAACCACAAUAUCCCCAUGACUUCGAUUGUGGCGCGGGCGCAAGACAUCAGUGAGGCUGAGGCACGAGGGUCGACGGCAAUCCGUGAGGAAAUCAUCACGGUCAUGAUGCGGUAUCUCGACACGGAUACCUUGUUGUGCUGGGCGCCGGAGCAUUCGACGCAUGAUGCUACUCAGUUGGAAACGCACCCAGAUCGAAAAGAAACGCUACGACAGAUCCAGAUCAAGACCGCCACGCCGAUCAUCAGUUAUCUUACGACUACUGUUUGGCCUGGUGUCGAGUUGAAGCCCGUGUUGGAGGAGGGGAGUAUCAUGCCUGUUCAACAGUCAGAGAUGACGAGGAGUGUCAUUAGAGGCUGGAUGGCGGGUCUGCCUGCUUACGAGCUGGCUGCGCUGGAACGCGCGGUGCUGGCUGGGAAGAGUGUGCUCGUGGGUGCCAGGCUGGUGGUCGAGUGGAGUGAGGAGUUUAGAGAUGUGCAGCGCAGCUCGGAGAAACGGUUUGGUAUCGAAGAGGCCGCUGAAGCUGCUACCGUCGAGGUUCGAUGGCAGACUGCCAUGUGGGGGGAGGUGGAAGAUACUCAUGAUGUGGAGAAUGAGGAUAUUCGACGGCAGCUGGGGAGCGCAAUCCUUCUGGUCAGUGGAGUGCGAUAG